CAGGUAGGAUCUGUAAUAUUUCAUAUAGACUGUGGCGUAAUGAAAAUGUAUGCAACUGCAUGUUGACACAAGAUGAAUCUUAUUGAAUUGUACUGCAUGACCUAAAAAAAAUGGUGUCUCCGUGUGUAUGAUGUUUUUGCGAGUGUAAGUCAGCACAAACAUUGCAAAAAAGUAAUUGAUCGAAGUAAAACGUGCUGAUAGUGAAAGGCCAGUUUGAAGUUUAACUGCUGAAUAACUUCUAUUAUUCUUUGAACUUUGGAGUGCAAUAACACUAUAAAGUGAAAUGUCUUUCCAUUUUUAUUUUGUUACUUAAUAAAGUGCAUGUGUACAUUCUUGAUGCUGGAGGUUGCUCUUGAAAUGUGUACCGAACAAUAACCUGACACUUCAAAUGUGCUGUAGUUUUAAAGAUGACAACCCAGCUUGGAUUGCAAGACAUUUUUAAACGAUAAGCUAAAGUUCAUGCUCGUGGCGGAUCUUUGUACUUGUCUGAACGCGAGCAAACUUGAUCGUUGCCCUCUCUUAUCUACAACGUGGUAAUACAGCCUGCAAAUGAAAGGAUUCUCAUUUAAUGUCAAGGACUCCCACGAUGAAGCAGAGCUCCGGCAGCCUGCGGGUGAAAUUACCUGCUUUUGUGUUUGCGGUGGAGGUGAUGAUUGUGGGUCUGUUCGCCACAUUUGUCACGUACGACGACCAAGCUGAUGCCAGAUUCCAAAACAACGAGACCAAACCCAUGGACAAUGCCGUGUACAGAGACUACCCUUUUUUCACAGACAUUCAGGUGAUGAUUUUCAUCGGUUUUGGAUGCCUGCUGGCAUUUUUCCGACUCUACGGCUUUGGGGGGAUGGUUUUUAAUUUUCUGGUGGCUACUUUUUCCAUCCAAUGGGCCAUUCUGGUGCAAGGAUACUUCCAGUUCAGCCAUGAUGGUCAAAUUUACCUUGGAGUGACCAAUCUCAUAAAUGCAGAAUUUGCCUGCGCUGUGGUGCUCAUCUCCUUCGGGGCAGUGUUGGGAAAGACAAGUCCGUUGCAGCUGCUGGUCAUGGCUCUGCUGGAGGUGCCAGUGUUUGCGGUCACAGAAUGGGCUGUGCUGAAGUACCUGAAGAUAAACGAUGCAGGGGGCUCCAUUCUCAUCCACCUCUUUGCUUGUUACUUUGGCUUAGGGGUCACUUUUGUGCUGUACAGACCUCGCCUGAAUGAAGGCAAUGCAAAGCAGAGCACCAGCUACCAGUCGGACAUCUUGUCUCUGAUGGGAACUUUGUUCCUCUGGGUCUUCUGGCCCUCCUUCAACUCAGCGUUAACGCUGAAAGGCGAUGACCAGCACAGGGCCAUCCUGCACACCUUUUUAGGCCUUUGUGCUUCCACUAUCACAGCGUUCGCUCUGUCUGCUUUAAUCAACAAAAAAGGCAAACUCAGCAUUGCAGACAUCCAGAACGUGACCCUGGCCGGAGGCGUGACAGUCGGUGCAUCCGUCGACAUGAUGAUUUCACCCGCAGCUGCGUAUUUCCUUGGUAUGCUGGGCUGUACCGCAUGCAUGCUGGGAUACAAAUACUUGAGCCCCUUCUUAGCCAAACGCUUCAGAAUUCAGGAUCAAUGCGGAAUACAUAACUUGCACGGCCUAACAGGACUUAUAUCUUGCACUGCAGGGAUUUAUGCCAUAAUGAUGGCGAGGGUGGAAGUGUAUGGUCCAAGUUUUUAUGAGAUCUUUAGCCACAGAGCCCCAGAAGAAGGAGACCCCAAGCUUCUUGAGCUCCAGGCAUUGAUACCUGGUUUGCAGCCGGGUUUAGGUCGGACUGCAGGAGAACAGGCUCUUUUCCAGGUAGCAGCUGUCAUCUCCACUAUUGGAGUGUCAGCUAUAGGGGGCAUGCUCACAGGUGUUGUCCUCAAAAUGCCUUUUCUGGCGUCACCCACUGAUGAUUUAUGUUUUGAUGAUCAGGUGUAUUUUGACCUGCCUCUGGAUCAUUAUUCACCACUGAAACUGACUCAAGACAUUGAUAAAGAGGAAACUGUUGCCUAACAUGACCAGCUUUCAAAGAUAAGAAAUAUUUGUAAUUAUUAAUAUGUAUGUAUAUGUACUAGGGGUGUGGGAAAAAAU